CUCAUUUCCGCUGCGGCUGCAAUUAAGCGGAGCAAAGCACCCCAAAAAACAGCUGGAAAAUCCUCAAAAUGGCUCACAAGACCAGCUUUAAUGAUGCCCUGGACUAUAUCUACAUCGCGAACAGCGUUAAUGAAAGGGCCUUUCUGAUAGCCGAGCCGCAUCCCGAACUACAGAGCUCCGAUCUACAGGAGCAGGAGGCGGAGCUGGACGAUGACCAGCUGGAGGACGAGAUGUCGGGCCAGUAUCAGACCGGGGAGGGAGAUCGCAACAACAACAGCAACAAUAGCAACCACAACCACAACAACAAAAGAAAAAACAAAAACUAUAGUUCUGGGAAGCGGCGUCAGAAGUUUGCCAGCUCCUUGGCCGUGAAACCUCCCACCCCGCCCACCGAUGCGAACGGUACCGCCGCCGCAGGAUCUCCCCUGGCCACUGCCGCCUUGGCCGCUGCUGCCGCAAGUGCCUCAGUGGCAGCCGCCGCCGCCAGGAUAACGGCCAAGGCAGCGCACCGGGCACUGACCACCAAGACGGACCAGCCGGCGGCAUCGUCGACGCCCCCGGUCCUUCAGCUCAUCGACAUGGACAAUAACUACACCAACGUGGCCGUCGGACUGGGGGCCAUGCUGCUCAACGACACCCUGCUCCUGGAGGGCAACGACUCCAGUCUUUUCGGCGAAAUGAUGCUCAACCGCAGCGGUCCUCUGGACCUGGGCAACGGCAGUGCGGGGAUCAACGUGACCACCAGUAAAGUAGCCGAGGACGACUUCACAGAGCUGCUGCGAAUGGCCGUAACUUCGGUGCUGCUGGGACUGAUGAUACUGGUUACCAUAAUUGGCAAUGUCUUUGUCAUCGCGGCAAUUAUCCUGGAACGGAAUCUGCAAAACGUGGCCAACUACUUGGUGGCCUCUCUGGCGGUAGCCGAUCUGUUCGUGGCCUGUUUGGUGAUGCCCCUGGGAGCCGUUUACGAGAUCAGCCAAGGCUGGAUACUUGGCCCGGAACUGUGCGAUAUUUGGACCUCCUGCGACGUCCUCUGCUGCACGGCCUCGAUUUUGCAUUUGGUGGCCAUUGCCAUGGAUCGUUACUGGGCGGUGACCAAUAUUGACUACAUCCACUCGAGGACCAGUAAUCGCGUCUUUAUGAUGAUUUUCUGCGUUUGGACCGCUGCAGUGAUUGUAUCCUUGGCCCCACAAUUUGGCUGGAAGGAUCCUGACUAUUUGCAACGCAUCGAACAGCAAAAGUGCAUGGUCUCCCAGGAUGUCUCGUAUCAGGUAUUUGCCACUUGUUGCACAUUCUAUGUGCCACUAAUGGUCAUAUUGGCGCUUUAUUGGAAAAUCUACCAAACGGCCCGGAAACGCAUACACCGUCGUCGACCAAGGCCCGUCGAUGGAGCGGUUAAUAAUAAUCAGCCGGACGGAGGUGCGGCAACAGAUACGAAACUUAAUCGACUGCGUUUACGCCUUGGCAGAUUCUCCACGGCCAAGACCAAGGCCGGAAGCACUGGUGGAGCCGGAGUCGGAGCCGGUGCCGGGGCCGGAUCCGGGGGCAGGGCUCUGGGCCUAGUCGACGGCAACUCAACAAACACGGUCAACACCGUCGAGGACACCGAGUUCAGCAGCUCGAAUGUGGACAGCAAGAGUCGGGCUGGCAUCGAGGUGCCCAGCACUUCCGGCAGCCAGAUAGCCACUGUCUCGCACCUGGUUGCCCUGGCCAAACAGCAAGGCAAGGCCUCCGCUUCGUCGUCCUCAGGCGGCGGCGCCACCGCCAAGUCUGUGUCCGCUGUCAAUGGAGCGGCUGGUAGCUCGGGCAAGCUGAAUGGCAAGACGAACGAGGAGCUGGACCAGGAGGGCCUGGCAGCCACAACCGCAACAUCAGCAAUGCCAACACCAAAUGCCACAGAAGGCGGCGAGGAGCAGGACGACCUGGAGGUGGAGGACCAGUGCAAGUCCAAUGGGGUGGAGGUGCUAGAGGACCCGCAGCUGCAACAGCAGCUCGAACAAGUGCAGCAGUUGCAGAAAUCAGCCAAAGCCGGGGGCGGGGGCGGGGCCAGUACGUCGAAUGCCACCACAAUUACGUCGAUAUCGGCGCUGUCGCCGCAGACGCCCACCUCACCGCCAGUGGCUCCGAUGGCUGCAGUGGCAGUGGCCCCCUCCGCCGGACCCAUGACGGCUAAAACCAGCACGCUGACGAGCUGCAACCAGGCGCAUCCGCUCUGCGAAUCCACCAGUCCCGCCCCCCUAACCCCAGAGUCCCGCCCCAAGCAGCAGCAGCAACUGCCACAUCCGCAUCAACAGCAGCAGCAGCAGCUGUCUAGCAUCGCCAAUCCCAUGCAGAAGGUGAACAAGCGCAAGGAGACUCUGGAGGCGAAGCGAGAAAGAAAGGCGGCCAAGACGCUGGCCAUCAUCACAGGUGCCUUUGUGGUCUGCUGGCUGCCCUUCUUCGUUAUGGCCCUAACGAUGCCCCUCUGUGCUGCCUGUCAGAUUAGCGACAGCGUGGCCUCGCUCUUCCUCUGGUUGGGGUACUUCAACUCCACCCUCAAUCCGGUCAUCUACACUAUUUUUAGCCCGGAGUUCCGGCAGGCCUUCAAGCGCAUCCUCUUCGGCGGCCACCGACCAGUCCACUACCGCAGCGGGAAACUCUAGAUAGUGCAUGCGAAGAGGCGAAGACGCUUCUGCUAAGCCAACAAGCGGAUGUUGAUCUAACCUCUUCGGCUAUACCACCACCAGAUUGGGAGCAGGAGGAUUAACGCAAUUGUAUACCAAAGAAACCCAUUUAAUAAAACUCCAAGGACGUUUAAGGACAAUGAUCACGACAAGGCGCUCUAGUCUAUAAGCGAUAAUCGAUAAGAUGUUGUAAAUAGGGGAUUGAAUUUUCUGUUAAACCAAGCAAGUGUAUUCUACAUAUUAGUUAUAGCUAAAUUUAUAGAGCCAAGUGGAGACUGUUUUUAGAAGCAAAGUGAAGUGUUGCAUUGGGAGAAAUAGUGAGAUGUCGAUGCCACCAACAAUACAAAAGUAUCUAAUCAAAAUAACUAGCUGUUAAGUCAGACAUAGCUAGGAUAAGACGCAUAUAGAGCAAUCUACUACCAAUACUUUUAAUGUGUUUUCCAACUUGACGAGAAUUGACGUAUUAACGUAUAACUCAUAGCUAUGUAUGUUAGGUGUUAGAGCUCCACUUCUCUAUCGCUCUCUUCUGCUUCAAGAAAGGACUCGGGACUGGGAGUGGGGGAAAGUAAGAUUGUAGGAUUUGGGAACCAAGACAUUGGAAUCGUUAUAACUGAAGCAAGUACUCGAUCAUCGUAUUGUAUAUUUAAUAUUUAAGCUAUCAGGCGACAUUUAAUGUGUGUAUAAGGAUUAGCUAUCGGCUAUGCAUAUUAACUAGGCUUAAGCACAUUUGUUGAGCAUCGUAUUACGCUGUAAUAUUCAUAGAUUCUAUACUGCAUAGUAACUUAUCAGAGCGCGAAAGGAAGCCAGUUUAAAUGAAAUUUAAACUUUAAUUGUUAAAGCCCCCAACUAGGUAAAUUACGUAUAAAAUAAUUCUAAUAAUAAAUAUUAAAAAAACUGUUGUACUAUUAUCGGUAAUUAUGUAUCGAGGAUUUCUUUGAAUAAGCUGGCAUAUUAUAUAAAAUCUAAGCAAAAAUCGUUCGCCACCAAAGGGCGGACAAAAUGUAAUAUUUGAGAGCAAACUACUUUCGGGAAAAAUGGGUAAAGAGUAAUUAGCUAAACUUAAAUCAUAAAAUGCAAACGAUUAACGAUUAAACGGCAUAAUGACAUAUAUUGGUUAAGACGAGAGGUGGGUAACUACUUAAACAGAUAUCACAAUGUUUUACUUCCAUAAAACUAACAAUCGAACUAUUCGAAAACCAAAAUCAAAAACUCUAAGAAAUCUUAAAGCCGACAUCAAUACCUAGUUACUAAGUGUUUUCAGAUGUGUCUAUCAAUAAAUACCAAUAGAAGUUAAUCGGCUCCGAGCUAUCCCAAAUACCUCGCAAUAAUUCGAAGUAGCACACACACACACACUUUUUAAUUGAGCAAAAUUUGCCAAGGAUAAUUACAGUUUUUGGUUCAUAGUUCAUUUAGCAAUUACUUUCCUUUCAAACAUAUUGGCGCGCGCAUUUCAAGAAAGAAUUAUUGCCUGGUAUAUGAGGAGGAUGUGGGAGUUGAAAAGUCAAACAGCAUAAGUUAAUCUACUGAAAUUACUAUUGAAUUCAUUGGCUGCAACUUAAAUAAAAAUUCAACUUUCAUGCAAGA